GCGACAUCGCGAAGGUCAGACUGAUUGUACAUUUAGCCGGCAGCACGUGAUGUCGGAAUUUUUUAAUCGUAUAUUUUAAGUUUUUAAAUUUUUGCGCCAAGAAUUUUUACAUUCCGAUGAUGAUAGUUGGAAAUUUUAUACCGAACAUCAAUGUAUCGAAUGCCGAAAACAUCGGAAAAAAACAUCGAUAGUUCAAACAUCGAUGUUUAUGACUCAUCCCUAGAACGUGAACUUGGCGCGAGAAACUACCGCUCGUUCUGAUACUUACCGCUUUAUUGAGUUAAUUAGUUAAUUUAUAAAAUAGAAUUUGUUUGAAAAAUUAUCUUUAGUGUUUUACAAUUCAAAAUUUACAGAUAUUUCAAUCCAAUAGUUUUAUAAAAAUAAAUUAUUCUGAUUCUAACCUAACAUUUUUUGAAUUAAUAGUAAGCAAUAUCAAUAAUAUUUUAAAAAUACUUUUCAACAAUGGCAACACAACCUAAACCAACAGACACCCAAGUUCCAGGUGAAGGAAGUGAUUUAUUAUCAAUAACACCAUUGGGCGCUGGUCAAGAAGUAGGAAGAUCAUGUAUACUACUUGAAUUUAAAGGUAAAAAAAUAAUGCUCGACUGUGGAAUACAUCCAGGAUUAUCAGGAAUGGAUUCUCUACCAUUUAUGGAUUUAGUUGAACCAGAUGAAAUAGAUUUAUUAUUAAUAUCACAUUUUCAUUUGGACCACUGUGGCGCUUUGCCGUGGUUUCUACAAAAAACAAGUUUUAAAGGUCGUUGUUUCAUGACACACGCGACAAAAGCUAUUUAUCGUUGGUUACUAUCAGAUUACCUUAAAGUAAGCAACAUAGCUACUGAACGGAUAUUGUAUACUGAAUCAGAUUUAGAAGCCAGUAUGAACAAAAUAGAAACAAUUAAUUUUCAUGAAGAAAAAGAUGUUUUUGGAAUUAAAUUUUGCGCUUAUAACGCAGGACAUGUAUUAGGUGCGGCAAUGUUUAUGAUUGAAAUAGCUGGUAUUAAAACUCUUUAUACUGGAGAUUUCAGUAGACAAGAAGAUCGUCAUUUAAUGGCUGCUGAAAUUCCCAAUGUUCAUCCAGAUGUUUUGAUAACUGAAUCAACAUACGGAACACAUAUUCAUGAAAAAAGAGAAGAUCGCGAAAAUAGAUUUACUAAUUUAGUUCAUGAAAUAGUCAAUCGAGGUGGUAGAUGUCUGAUUCCUGUUUUUGCUCUUGGUCGAGCUCAAGAAUUGCUAUUAAUUUUAGAUGAGUACUGGAGCGAACAUCCAGAGCUUCAUGAAAUACCUGUUUAUUAUGCAUCAUCACUUGCUAAAAAGUGUAUGGCGGUUUAUCAAACUUAUGUUAAUGCUAUGAAUGAUAAAAUUCGUCGGCAGAUAGCUAUUAAUAAUCCAUUUGUAUUUAAACAUAUAUCCAAUCUUAAAGGAAUAAAUCAUUUUGAUGACAUCGGUCCUUGUGUGGUAAUGGCGUCACCGGGUAUGAUGCAAAAUGGAUUAUCGCGGCAAUUAUUUGAGUCCUGGUGCACAGAUCCAAAUAAUGGUGUUAUUAUUGCUGGAUAUUGUGUUGAGGGAACAUUAGCUAAAACAAUAUUAUCAGAACCUGAAGAAAUUACAACAAUGGCCCGCCAGAAGCUACCACUAAAAAUGUCUGUUAAUUAUAUUUCAUUUUCUGCUCACACUGAUUAUCAACAAACAUCUGAAUUUAUUAAAAUCUUAAAACCAUCUCAUGUAAUAUUAGUACACGGUGAACAAAAUGAAAUGAGUCGUCUUAAAGCUGCAUUACAACGUGAGUAUGAAGAUGAUCCUAAUACAACAAUGGAGAUACAUAAUCCACGUAAUACAGUUGCUGUUGAGCUUAAGUUUCAUGGCGAGAAGAUAUUUAAACUUAUGGGAACACUUGGUAUAGAAACAUUUGCUAUGGAUACACCAAAACCAAAAGAAAUUUUAACAGGUGUUUUAGCUGAGAAAAAUUUUAAACAUUAUCUAUUGGCACCAUCAAAUCUUCCAAAGUACACGGAUAUGGAUGUAGAUCGGGUUGUUAAAUUGAGAAGAUUUCAUUUCAAUGGUUCAUUGCCAGUUCUUAAAAAUUUUCUUACUCAGAUAGCUGGAAAUAUUGAUAUUAUUGAUGAUAAACAAAUGCGUGUUUUUAAAUGUAUUGAUAUUAUUGUGGAGGAUGGAACAAUAAUUGUAAAAUGGGUUGCCGGUCCUAUUAAUGACAUGUAUGUUAGUUCUGUUAUUGCGGCAGUUCUUCAAGCUGAAAUGAUGGAUACAGCGCCUUCUAAAACACUGACUGCACCAACAAAACUUGAUCGUAUACAUUUCAAUGAGUGUCUUAUUGAAAUGCUCCAAGAGAUGUUUGGUGAAGACUCUGUACCAAAAAUAUUCCGAGGUGAAAAAUUAUAUGUCACUGUUAACAACAAAAAAGCUCAUAUUGAUCUUGUCAGUCUUGAUGUUUCAUGUACUGAGGAUGAAACUUUUAAACAAAUUGUACAGACUGCCGUAACAAAACUUUAUCAAUCUCUUGCACCACCGUGUGAUUCAAUGUAAUUUAGUUAAUUAUUAUUUAUUUUUAUAUCAUACGAAUAGAAUUAUUAUCCAUGUACAAUAAAUUUAUAUUUAAAGUAUAGUUUUUUUUUUUUUAAGUAUCUAUCACUUUUGGUCAUUAUUUAGUUUGACAAUUUCAAUUCAUUUUUGCCAUUGUAAUAUAUUAAGAUUUAAAAAUGGAAUAAUUAAA